CCUACACGACAUUCCCGAUUGUCGUCGUCCAUUGUUGUUGUUGUAGUAGUAUCAUGAUGUGUCCUUUCACUUUUUAUAUUUAUUUUUUUCACAUUUCCACCUUCUCUCAAAUUUCCAUCAUCUCCUAACGUUUAAUUAUUGUUAUUAUUAUUAUUAUUUAUUUUGUUUUUGUUUUCACAAAACCAAAAAUCAAAACCGCCACUCUCCUGAAUUCUCCGCCGGAAAACCACCUCGUACCCGCUACAUCGCGGAAAACCUCUUUCCUCGUUCCAUUGCGUUGUGUCUGUUAUUAUUUUAUUAUUCUCCGUCGCCGUGGGGCUAGUCGGGCGGGGGAGUAGCGUUUUUUUGACGAGGGCGGUGUCUGCUAAAGUGAGCCGGGCGCGUAAGAUUAGGGGGAACUGAAAAUUAUUAUUAUUAAACAAGGUGGUUGUUUUUUAUUUUAAUCUGGAGCGUACACGUUUACGGCGAUGGUGACGUGGAGCACCUGGCAGGAGCUUCUCCUCGGUGGAGCGGUUUCCCGGCACGGAAUCCGAGAUUGGACCGUCAUUGCCGCCGAACUCAAGACCCGAACCGUUUCACCAUGCAUUUUCACACCCGAGGUCUGUAAAGCCAAAUAUGUAGAGUUGCAACAGCAGUAUCCUGGGGGUUGCACGUCUUGGUUUGAGGAGCUUAAGAAGAAAAGAGUGGCAGAGCUUAAGAAAGAUUUGGAGCUAUCCGAGGAAGUAAUUGGGUCCCUUGAGUCAAAGCUUGAAACCCUUCAGGCUGGGAGGGAUGAGAAAAGAGAUGAUUGCCAUGUUGACAAUGGCUCGGCUGAACCAGAGUUACAUGUUCCUUCUCAGAAAUUGGAUAGAGUCGACACUUCUGCAAAAGAGAUGUCAAAGGAUGGGUUAUCUGCUGGGAGUUUCACACAUGAAACCAAGACAAACUGGACUCAUGAAUGCCAGGUUCCGGCAACAUCUUGUGAAUAUGUGAGGACCAAGCCUGAAGUUUCAGCGUCUACUGAACAGGAGAAAGUUUUAAAUGUAGAUAAGUCAACUCACACUGUAUAUGAAGGACAGGGAGGGUGUUUGAAAAAACCGAGAGGGAAGAGAAAGAGGAAGGAUUGUGGCAGAAGUAUUAAUGAAGUAAGUGCAAGAGAAAGUGAUUUUUCAGCUGAUGUGUGUAAAGAAAGUUCUAUCAGCAACUGUGGUGAGAUUGUCAAAUCUUCUGGUAUGAAUGAGGAGAAUGCAAACUUGAAGAAGGCUGGAAUUAAAGAUUUGAUGGAGGUCUUAGAUUCUUUUUUGACAGUUCAAGGUGCUUCUGCCUUCUCUUAUAAGCAUGAUAGCCAGAAGCGAGGAAAAUACGAGCAAUUGAUCCGGCAGCACAUGGACUUUGAGACCAUAAAGUCAAGAAUCUGCAACGGAACAAUCAAGUCCGUGGUGGAACUUUUAAGAGACUUGCUACUACUGAGCAACAAUGCUCUAGCAUUCUACUCCAAGAACACUCGGGAAUACAAAACUGCUCUACAACUUAGAGACCUUGUCAUCAAAACAUUGACAGAGAAACUGGAGUGUGCUAGCACAUCACCUGUGUGUGAUCCUUCUGCAAAAGUCAGAAGCACGUGUUUCAGCACAUCGCCUAUGCGUGAUUCUUCAGUGAAAGUCAGAAGCAUUUGUUCCACUUCGCUUGUGCAUGAUCCUUCAGUGCAAGUCAGAAGCAUGCGCCCUGGUAAUCGCAAGAUUGUUGCAAAGGUAGCUGGUGGCAGCUGCUCUGCUGAAAGGGUCUCAGUUGGAGUUAAGAAAGCUAAAAAAGUGGAUUCUCUACCAGCUGAAAGGGUCUCGGCUGCAGUUAAGAAAGCUAACAAAGUCGAAUCUCCACCUUCAGUGGAAUCCGUCAAGAAAGCUUUUGGUGGUAGAGCAAAAAAGGUUGGACGUGAAAGUGCAGGUAAGAGAAAUGCAACACCAAGGAAUGAAAGGAAAAGAAGGAGAGCAAAGUGAGGGUUUGGCCAUCUUGAAGGGUCUCUGUACAAAGAAAACCCUUUUUUUGUUUGCAAAUCAGAAGGAUGAAGUUUCAUGCAAUCAGAAGGAGCUGCACCAGGGAAAGUAGUGGCUACUUCCAAUAUAUGAUAUUAAGCAGUUCUAAAAUUAUGAAUCAAAGCAAAAACAAGAAAAAGUUCUAAAUUAUAGUAACCAAUCUAGACAAAAUUUCAAACAUUAGUAGGUACUUCUAGUAAAUCUUUUGUAAGUUGUAAAUGCGAAUUUUGUUUUUAACAAAAGAGAAGUAUACUAAUUUAAAUUCAUAACUUCCUGUGAAUUAGCAUAUUA